AUGAAUUCUCAAAGCAAAAGAUCUCAUCGUACUUCUCCCUAUAAGGUCAAAAACGCCCCCAAGAAGAAAUAUAUGACACAUGAACAGCUUAACAUCCUGGAACCUUACUAUGCCAAAAAUAAUCGCCCUACGCAGGAUGAUAUCAAAUCACUAGCUGAGGAGAUCAAUGUUCCAGCCGUGAAAGUUUACAAUUGGUUCAAUAAUCGGCGCGCCAAAGAGGCCAGACUACAACGGAACUCAUCGCAAUGCCUCUGGAACAUGAACGUCGAUGGUACCGCUGAUACGACCGAUUCGGAUCACGACGAUCACGAGCACGAGUCGAGUGAUAUCCAAGGUACCCUAGACCAAGGGGGUCUCAACAAAGAAACCGAUUACCAAGAAGCCUACGCCUAUGUAGCGACGAUGGCAGAAAUGUCACCUGAGGAACUCGAUACGCAGUUCAUCGAGCAAGAAGCUGCCCGCGCCUGUGUCUUGGCCAUGGCCAAGAUGACACCAAAGGAAAUCGAUGCAGCAUUCAUUCUGAGCAACCUCCAGCGACGAAUCAUUGUUCAUCCUCCCAAAAAAUGA